AAGGGAGCUGAUGCCGGCAAUGGGAUCAGAGUGUUUGUACCUGACAUCGGGAUGUUCAUUGCUAGUCUGACCAUCUGGCUCGUCUGUAGAAACAUUGUUCAGAAACCUGUGACGGAAGAAGCAGCACAAUAUAAUCCAGAGUUUGAAAAUGAAGAAUUGGCUGGAAGAGAAAAAAUGGACUCAGAGGAGGCACUGAUCUAUGAAGAGGAUUUAGAUGGAGGAGAUGGUGUGGAAGGCGAGUUGGAAGAAAGCACCAAGUUAAAACUGUUCCGCAGGCUUGCCUCUGUUGCGUCCAAGCUUAAGGAGUUCAUUGGCAACAUGAUAACCACUGCUGGGAAAGUUGUUGUGACUAUUUUACUGGGCUCCUCAGGUAUGAUGUUGCCAUCUUUGACGUCAUCUGUGUAUUUCUUUGUGUUUUUGGGUCUGUGCACCUGGUGGUCCUGGUGCCGGACAUUCGACCCAUUGCUGUUCAGCUGUCUCUGUGUUCUGCUGGCUAUUUUCACUGCUGGACACUUGAUUGGACUUUAUUUAUACCAGUUCCAGUUUUUUCAAGAAGCAGUUCCACCCAAUGACUACUAUGCAAGGUUGUUUGGUAUCAAAUCAGUAAUCCAAACGGACUGUUCCAGUACGUGGAAGAUCAUAGUGAACCCAGACCUGUCCUGGUAUCACCAUGCCAACCCCAUCCUUCUGUUGGUGAUGUACUACACGCUGGCCACGCUGAUCCGCAUCUGGCUACAAGAACCCCUUGUACAAGAUGAGAGGACUAAGGAAGAGGACAGAGCCCUAGCUUGUAGCCCCAUCCAAAUAACGGCCGAGAGGAGGCGAAGCCUGUGGUAUGCAACCCAUUACCCGACCGAUGAGAGAAAACUUUUAUCUAUGACCCAGGAUGACUACAAACCAUCUGAUGGCCUACUCGUGACUGUGAACGGCAACCCUGUGGAUUACCACACCAUCCACCCCAGUCUGCCCAUGGAGAAUGGCCCUGGCAAAACUGACCUGUACUCAACCCCUCAGUACCGGUGGGAGCCCUCUGAUGAAUCCUCAGAAAAGAAAGAGGAUGAAGAAGACGAGAAAGAAGAAUUUGAAGAAGAAUGGAGUCAUGAAGAAAAAAGAAGCGUCAAAGUUCACGCCAUGGUCUCUGUGUUCCAGUUUAUUAUGAAACAAAGUUACAUCUGUGCCCUCAUUGCUAUGAUGGCCUGGAGCAUCACUUAUCAUAGCUGGUUGACUUUUGUGUUGUUGAUUUGGUCAUGUACUCUGUGGAUGAUACGCAACAGAAGAAAAUAUGCCAUGAUCAGCUCUCCUUUCAUGGUGGUUUAUGGAAAUCUGUUGUUGAUAUUACAGUAUAUAUGGAGCUUUGAACUUCCUGAAAUUAAAAAGGUCCCAGGAUUUUUAGAAAAGAAAGAACCAGGAGAACUUGCUUCAAAGAUUCUUUUCACUAUUACUUUUUGGCUACUGCUGAGGCAGCACCUCACAGAGCAAAAAGCUCUUCAAGAAAAGGAAGCUCUUUUAUCUGAAGUCAAAAUUGGUAGUCAAGAAAAUGAAGAAAAAGAUGAAGAACUUCAAGAUAUACAAGUGGAAGGAGAGCCUAAAGAGGAAGAGGAAGAGGAGGAAGUGAAGGAAGAGCAGCAAGAGAGAAAGAAGGAAGAGGAAGCAGAAACAGAAGAAGAAGAUGAUGACCAGGACAUCAUGAAAGUGCUAGGCAAUCUGGUGGUGGCCAUGUUUAUCAAAUAUUGGAUCUAUGUCUGUGGAGGCAUGUUCUUCUUUGUCAGCUUUGAGGGUAAAAUCGUCAUGUACAAAAUCAUCUACAUGGUGCUGUUUCUGUUCUGUGUGGCCUUAUAUCAGGUGCACUAUGAUUGGUGGAGGAGAAUUCUAAAAUAUUUUUGGAUGUCUGUGGUUAUUUACACUAUGCUGGUGCUUAUCUUUAUAUACACAUAUCAGUUUGAAAACUUCCCAGGCCUGUGGCAAAAUAUGACCGGAUUGAAAAAGGAAAAGCUUGAGGAUCUUGGCUUGAAGCAGUUUACUGUAGCUGAACUGUUCACUCGCAUAUUCAUCCCAACUUCCUUUCUGCUGGUGUGUAUUUUACACCUGCACUAUUUCCAUGACCGGUUCCUUGAACUCACAGACCUCAAAUCCAUUCCCAGCAAAGAAGACAACACCGUCUACAGGCUGGCCCAUCCUGAAGGAAGUCUCCCAGACCUCGCCAUGCUGAAUCUGACUGCCAGCCUGGAGAAGCCGGAGGUGAGAAAGUUGGCUGAGUCUGGGGAGGAGAAGCCAGAGGGAUGCUCUGAAAAAGCUGAGAAGGGUGAGCUUGGGAAGGACAGCGAGGAGUCAGAGGAGGACGAAGAGGAAGAGGAGGAAUCAGAGGAGGAAGAAACGUCAGAUUUAAGGAACAAAUGGCAUCUGGUGAUUGACCGCCUUACUGUGCUCUUCUUAAAAUUCCUGGAGUAUUUUCACAAACUGCAGGUGUUCAUGUGGUGGAUUUUGGAGUUGCAUAUCAUCAAAAUUGUUUCCUCGUACAUUAUCUGGGUUUCUGUGAAAGAGGUGUCUCUGUUCAACUAUGUAUUUUUGAUUUCUUGGGCUUUUGCUCUGCCCUAUGCCAAGCUACGCCGUCUGGCUUCAAGCGUCUGCACUGUCUGGACGUGUGUGAUCAUCGUCUGCAAAAUGUUGUACCAGCUCCAAACCAUUAAGCCUGAGAACUUUUCUGUUAACUGUUCCUUGCCAAAUGAAAAUCAAACGAACAUACCCCUUCAUGACUUGAACAAGUCUCUACUCUACAGUGCUCCUAUUGAUCCAACAGAGUGGGUUGGCCUGAGAAAGUCUUCUCCUCUGCUCAUCUACCUGAGGAAUAAUCUCUUGAUGCUGGCUAUUCUGGCCUUUGAAGUUACAAUUUACCGCCAUCAGGAAUAUUAUCGAGGUCGAAACAACCUGACAGCCCCUGUGUCUAAAACUAUCUUUCACGACAUUACGAGACUACAUCUAGAUGAUGGACUUAUUAAUUGUGCCAAAUAUUUCAUAAAUUACUUCUUCUACAAGUUUGGUCUGGAGACCUGUUUCCUAAUGUCAGUGAAUGUCAUUGGCCAACGAAUGGAUUUCUACGCUAUGAUCCACGCCUGCUGGCUGAUCGCCGUCUUAUAUCGACGGAGAAGAAAAGCCAUCGCCGAGGUCUGGCCCAAGUACUGCUGCUUCCUGGCGUGCAUCAUCACCUUCCAGUACUUCAUCUGCAUCGGCAUCCCACCUGCUCCGUGCCGAGAUUACCCGUGGAGAUUCAAGGGUGCCGACUUCAACGACAACAUCAUAAAGUGGCUGUACUUCCCAGAUUUCAUUGUGCGGCCCAACCCCGUGUUUCUCGUCUAUGACUUCAUGCUGCUUCUAUGUGCCUCCCUACAACGGCAGAUCUUUGAGGAUGAGAACAAGGCUGCUGUGAGGAUUAUGGCAGGGGACAAUGUUGAGAUCUGCAUGAACCUCGAUGCAGCCUCUUUCAGCCAACAUAACCCUGUGCCAGAUUUUAUUCACUGCAGAUCUUACUUAGACAUGUCCAAAGUGAUCAUCUUCAGCUACCUCUUCUGGUUUGUGCUCACGAUCAUCUUCAUUACCGGAACAACCAGGAUCAGCAUCUUUUGCAUGGGGUACCUGGUGGCCUGCUUCUAUUUCCUGCUCUUUGGAGGCGAUUUGCUGUUGAAACCCAUCAAGAGCAUCCUGCGCUACUGGGACUGGCUGAUCGCCUACAACGUUUUUGUGAUAACCAUGAAAAAUAUUCUGUCAAUAGGAGCAUGUGGCUACAUCGGAACGUUGGUUCAGAAUAGUUGCUGGCUGAUCCAAGCUUUCAGCCUGGCCUGCACAGUCAAAGGCUAUAAAAUGCCUGAUGAUGAUUCACAUUGUAAACUGCCCAGUGGUGAAGCAGGAAUUAUUUGGGACAGCAUAUGUUUUGCUUUCCUCUUGUUGCAAAGAAGAGUUUUCAUGAGUUAUUAUUUCCUACAUGUUGUGGCUGAUAUAAAAGCGUCACAGAUCCUGGCAUCAAGAGGGGCUGAACUUUUCCAGGCCACAAUUGUAAAAGCUGUCAAGGCAAGAAUUGAGGAAGAGAAGAAGUCCAUGGACCAGCUGAAGCGACAGAUGGAUCGCAUCAAGGCCAGACAACAGAAAUACAAAAAGGGUAAGGAGAGGAUGCUGAGCUUGACCCAGGAGUCAGGGGAAGGCCAGGACAUCCAAAAACUCUCUGAAGAGGAUGAUGAAAGAGAAGCAGACAAACAGAAAGCCAAGGGCAAAAAAAAGCAGUGGUGGCGGCCUUGGGUUGAUCAUGCUUCCAUGGUCAGGAGUGGAGAUUAUUAUUUGUUUGAAACGGAUAGUGAAGAGGAAGAAGAGGAAGAAUUAAAGAAGGAAGAUGAAGAGCCACCACGAAGGUCAGCAUUCCAGUUUGUUUAUCAAGCCUGGAUUACUGACCCUAAAACAGCACUCCGACAGAGACGUAAAGAGAAAAAAAGGUCUACAAGAGAACAGAAAGGAAGACGAAAAGGAUCUGGGGAGGGUCUCGUGGAAUGGGAGCGAGAGGAAGAACCAAUCAAAAAGAAAUCUGAUGGACCAGAUAAUAUCAUCAAGAGGAUAUUUAAUAUUUUGAAAUUUACCUGGGUCCUGUUUCUGGCAACCGUGGACAGUUUCACUACUUGGCUCAACUCCAUUUCAAGGGAGCAUAUUGAUAUAUCUACGGUUCUGAGAAUUGAAAGAUGCAUGCUGACCAGAGAAAUUAAGAAGGGAAACGUUCCGACACGGGAGAGCAUCCACAUGUACUACCAGAACCACAUCAUGAACCUUUCAAGGGAGUCGGGCCUGGACACCAUCGACGAGCAUCCAGGAGCAGCUUUGGGGCCACAGACAGCCCACAGGAUGGAUAGCUUAGAUUCACAUGACAGUAUCUCCAGUGAGCCCACACAGUGUACCAUGCUGUACUCACGCCAGGGGACCACUGAGACUAUCGAGGAGGUGGAGGCCGAGCAGGAGGAGGAGGCAGGGGACCUGGUAGCAGAGCCUGGAGAGGCCGAGGAGGAGUAUGAGGCCGAGUACGAUGCAUCGGGCACAGAGGAGGCUGGCCUUACCCCUGAGGAGGAUCUGACACAGUUCUCCACGCUGGAUGCAGAUGUGGAGGCCCCACCCUCCUACAGCAAGGCCGUCAGCUUUGAGCAUCUGUCCUUCAGCUCACAGGAUGACUCCGCGGGCAAGAACCGCAUGGUGGUCAGUCCGGACGACAGUCGCACUGACAAGCUGGAGUCCAGCAUCCUGCCUCCCCUGACCCACGAGCUGACUGCCAGCGAGCUGCUGCUGAACAAGAUGUUUCAUGACGAUGAACUUGAAGAGUCAGAGAAAUUCUAUGUGGGGCAGCCCCGGUUCUUGCUGCUGUUCUACGCCAUGUACAACACUCUGGUGGCCCGCUCGGAAAUGGUGUGCUACUUUGUAAUCAUCCUCAACCACAUGGUGUCUGCCUCCGUGAUCACUCUCCUGCUGCCCAUCCUCAUCUUCCUCUGGGCCAUGCUGUCGGUCCCCAGGCCAAGCCGCCGGUUCUGGAUGAUGGCCAUCGUCUACACUGAGGUGGCCAUUGUAGUCAAGUAUUUCUUUCAAUUUGGGUUCUUUCCCUGGAAUAAGGAUGUGGAGAGGCACAAAGAUAAACCAUACCACCCUGCAAAUAUUAUAGGAGUGGAAAAGAAGGAAGGUUACGUUCUUUAUGAUCUCAUUCAGCUCCUGGCUCUGUUCUUCCAUCGAUCCAUUUUGAAGUGCCAUGGCUUAUGGGAUGAAGAUGACAUUCUUGAAAGUGGCAUGGACAAGGAAGAAACUGAUGAUGAGCUCUCCUUGGGGAGGAGAGACUCCUCUGACUCUCUCAAGUCCAUCAACCUGGCUGCGUCGGCAGAGUCAGUGCACGUGACCUUCCCUGAGCAGCAGAUGGCCAUCCGCAGGAAGCGCUCCAGCAGCAGCUCCCAGAUAUCCCAGACAUCUAGCUUUUCUUCAAAUAGGUCCAAAAGAGGCAGCACAAGCACCCGAAACAGCAGUCAGAAAGGAAGUAGCGUUUUGAGCGUUAAGCAAAAAAGCAAAAAGGAACUUUACAUGGAGAAGCUUCAAGAGCAUUUAAUCAAAGCAAAAGCGUUUACCAUAAAGAAGACUCUGCAGAUCUAUGUGCCCAUCCGGCAGUUUUUUUAUGACCUCAUUCACCCAGACUACAGUGCUGUGACCGAUGUGUACGUGCUCAUGUUCCUGGCUGACACUGUGGACUUCAUCAUCAUUGUCUUUGGCUUUUGGGCCUUUGGGAAACACUCAGCAGCCACAGACAUCACCUCUUCGCUGUCGGAGGACCAGGUGCCAGGGCCAUUCUUGGUGAUGGUCCUCAUUCAGUUUGGAACCAUGGUGGUGGACCGAGCCCUCUACCUCAGGAAGACUGUAUUGGGAAAGGUCAUUUUCCAGGUCAUUCUCGUGUUUGGAAUUCACUUCUGGAUGUUCUUUAUUCUACCCGGUGUGACUGAGAGGAAAUUCAGCCAAAACCUAGUUGCUCAGCUCUGGUACUUUGUGAAAUGUGUUUACUUCGGAUUGUCAGCUUACCAGAUCCGUUGUGGUUACCCAACGAGAGUCCUUGGAAACUUCCUCACAAAGAGUUACAAUUAUGUCAACCUCUUCUUGUUCCAAGGGUUCCGCCUCGUUCCAUUUUUGACUGAGCUGAGGGCAGUGAUGGACUGGGUGUGGACAGACACAACCUUGAGCCUGUCCAGCUGGAUCUGUGUGGAGGACAUCUAUGCCCACAUAUUCAUCCUGAAGUGUUGGCGGGAGUCAGAAAAGAGAUACCCCCAGCCUCGGGGCCAGAAGAAAAAGAAAGUGGUGAAGUAUGGCAUGGGAGGCAUGAUCAUCGUCCUACUUAUCUGUAUCGUCUGGUUUCCUCUUCUCUUCAUGUCUUUGAUUAAGUCUGUGGCUGGGGUUAUCAACCAGCCCCUAGACGUCUCUGUCACGAUCACCCUGGGAGGGUAUCAGCCUAUUUUCACAAUGAGUGCCCAGCAAAGCAAGUUGAAGGUUAUGGACCAAUCCAAGUUUAAUAGCUUUAUACGAUCUUUUUCUAGGGACACCGGUGCUAUGCAAUUUCUGGAAAAUUAUGAAAAAGAAGACAUAACGGUAGCAGAACUGGAAGGAAACUCAAAUUCUUUGUGGACCAUCAGCCCUCCCAGUAAGCAGAAAAUGAUAAACGAACUCAUGGAGCCCAAUAGUAGCUUCUCUGUUGUUUUUUCAUGGAGUAUUCAGAGAAACUUAAGUCUGGGUGCAAAAGCAGAAAUAGCAACAGAUAAACUUUCUUUUCCUCUUAAAAAUAUUACACGAAAGAAUAUCGCUAAAAUGAUAGAUGGAAACAACACAGAAAGCUCAAAAACCCCAGUGACAAUAGAAAAGAUCUACCCAUAUUAUGUGAAAGCACCUAGUGAUUCUAACUCAAAACCUAUAAAGCAACUUUUAUCUGAAAAUAAUUUCAUGGAUAUCACCAUCAUUUUGUCCAGAGACAAUAUGACGAAGUCUAACAGCGAGUGGUGGGUUCUUAAUCUGACUGGAAAUAGAAUAUAUAAUCAGCAAUCUCAGGCCUUAGAGCUGGUGGUCUUUAACGACAAAGUUAGUCCCCCCAGCUUGGGGUUCCUGGCUGGCUACGGUAUCAUGGGAUUAUAUGCUUCAGUUGUCCUUGUGAUUGGGAAAUUUGUCCGUGAAUUCUUCAGUGGGAUUUCCCACUCCAUCAUGUUUGAAGAGCUUCCGAAUGUGGAUCGAAUUUUGAAGUUGUGCACAGAUAUUUUUUUAGUGCGAGAGACAGGGGAACUGGAACUAGAAGAAGAUCUCUAUGCCAAAUUAAUAUUCCUGUACCGUUCACCAGAAACAAUGAUCAAAUGGACUAGAGAGAAAACCAACUGAAACCUAGGACACACACUGCAAAUAAAGUAAACAUUGGAACUUUUUUUAAAAAGCACAAUAUUCUCCUAAGAGCUAAGCAUUUCUAGUUCGAUGGAAAUGGUUUCUCUUCUGACAGGUGGCUGAAAGGAACUGAGUUCCUUCUGCAGUGAAAGCUACCUUUUGCAAGUUAAGGCACUGUUGAAAACAUUAUUGGUAAUUCCGUUUCUCUGAAAUCAGGGCUACUUGCUUUAUGUUUUAGUCAACAGUGUCUUGUACUUGGACUGACUAUGGGAAGGAAUCACUUAUGGGUCCCAUCCCUCAGAGAAAUAGAAGUCAGAAGGAAAGACACCCCAUGUUUUACUCUGCGAGGACCACACCCUUCCUGGAGAGAUGCUACAAUGCAAUAUACAGCUCCAUCACCGCUGGGGAAGCUGCUGUGAUGACACUAGAUGAGCCUUCAGCACACUCGAAAUGUGCGACAGCAAUAGGAAACUGACAACUCCUACACGUGUUUCUAGGGGCAAAGGGAGAGGGGGAACUGAUGGCCCAUAAAGACACCCGUGGGAGGACAAGCCUCAUUCUAAGCAAAAAGAUAACAUUAGUGAUACUCUUACUGCCUUAUCGUAACUGAAGACUAAUGAGAAAUCUUUCCAUUAAACACCAGUGACUUCUCAGGAAACAAACCAAAAAAAAGCAGCAAAACAAAUUAUAUGGACGCCUGCUUUGUUGGGGUCCAGUCGUGACUGGCUUCGCUGAGGGCCACCAUGCUGCUUCAGAGGGCUGUUAAGACCCUCUCCCCAUGAAACCGGACGUGAGACCGAAAGAUGAGACAGGCCAACUCCGUUGGAUCUGGAAUACUCUGGCUGUAACUCUUUAGUAACCGAGGUCAGGACGGCUCUUCUGCCUUUCCCGCCCCAACCAUGUGCUUUUUUCAUUCCCAUGAUUUUUCCAUGUCCCUGAUUUAAGGCAAUGGUUUUUUCCAGUAUGCAACAUUUUCCUUCCUGUUUUUCAGGUCUAUCAAAGAGUUUACAUAUUCCAAUUCACAUUUUUACAUCAGAGACGGGUUUUUUAAGUUCAUAAUUAUGAAAGAAAUAUGUAUAUUGAGCUUGGGGAAAUAAAAAAUGGCCUUUUCUUAAAUUAUUAUUAUUGGUAAUACAAUCUCUUCAUUAAAUGACGAUGUAGCAUGAAAAAUUUAUGAUUGAAAUGUAGUUUUCAUUCCAUAUUAAAAUACAGUUUCUGACAAGACUCAUUGAAUGGGCUAGACUAUGUAAAGCAAUUGGUCCUAUGUAGUUGGGGUUGAGGGCUGACUUAAAAUAAAGCACAUCUUGCAAAGUCA